ACCACCGAAAAUAUUGAUCAUGUGACCUGUCAAAUUAUGACGCCAUUUUGUCAUGUUGGCAUCGGCUGUCAAAAUAAAAUAUAAUUUGUGAUUUUGACUUACGGACAUUGUCUUCAGUGUUGGAGAAAUGUCUGAUGCAGAGCAGGAUGAAGAGAACAUUUUGGAAAAUCCAGAUCCUGAAUCAGACAGUGUGGCUGAAGCCAGUGGCGGUGAUCUAAAUGCUGAAUCUGAAAGUAUUGCAAACUCCAACCAAAAUUGCUAUCCUGAGAAUUCUCAGUUAGAAAGUAGCAUCAAUAAUGUAAAUAUUGCUGCUAGUGCUUCAAAUGGUAAUGAGGUGGAAAGAGAGAUAAAUGAAAAUGAGGUGAUAGCAUGUUCUGAUAACCCUGAGGGGUUUGCUCUGGCUGAUAACCAAGUAGAAGCGGAGGGACAAGAGUGUGAAUCAAAUUUCCAAAACUGUUCCCUGACAGAAGGAGAUCAAAAUCAACGCAGAAAUGAAGAGUUAUUGAAUGGAAAUCUUGAAGAAAACCAGAAUUUUGAAGGUGACAGUGUAGAAGAUGGACAUGAUUUCAAUGAAUAUGCUGCAGAAGAUGAACAAUACUUUCCUUUAGCUUGUGCUGGUGCAGAUUCAAAUGUUUCUUUACAAAGGGAGGGAGAUAAUGUGGUAAGUGAUCAAAAUGAUGGGGAAGCUGAGGGUGCUGUAGGUGCAAGUUUAGAAGAAGAGACUGUCACUUCUCAUCGUACUGAAUCUUGCUGUCAAUUAGAUGAAUAUGCUUCUCAACAACAUGCAGCUGGAUCCCAGGAAGAAGUAGAAGAUGAUGGUAUUUCAAGAAAUCCUUUAGAUGUCUGUGAAGCAGAUGGUGCCUCAGCAUCAGGGCAAGAUAUCUCUCUGGCCCCAGAGAGUGAACUUGAAGAAAGUAGGUCACACAUUGUUCUUGAAACAGUUAAUGAACCAACUGAAUCUGAUAGAGAAGCUGAGCAUGAAGCGCAUGCAGAUAGUGCUGAAGGAGGUGAUUUAAAUGACAUUCCGAAUGUUCAUCCUGGUGAAGUUAAUGGUGCAGAAGGUAUUAAUGAAACAAACAAUGCAGCUGAUCAGGUUGCUGAUACAUUGCCUGAUAAUGUGUUAUGUGAAGAGAAAAAUGUCCCAGAGGAUGAAAUUAGUGUUGUGUCUGCAGAAAAGCCAGAGUCAUAUCAACCGGAAUGUGAUCAGAGUGAAACUAAAUACUUGCAACAGGUACAGAUGGGUGUUAAUGUUAUUGGGGCAUCUAAUGGACAACUUGAUAAUCAAGCUACUUGUAAAGAUGUUAACUCAUCAAAUGUUAGAAGAAAUGAAACUGAAAAUAAAAAACAUGAUUCAAAGCAUCUAGAUAGAAAUGCUGUAGAGAAUAAAGAUUUAGAUGCAAAUUCAAACAGCUGUGAUAAAAACAAACCAGAAGAUGAAAGAACUCAAAGAGCUGAAUUUGCUGCAAAUAAGAGUGGUAAUGCCUUUGAAGCAAAAAACUUGAUUACCAAAGAAACAGGUGCCAUCCCGAAAAACAGAGCACAGCAUAGUGAUGCUCCUAGUCAGUUAAAAUCUGUAGAAUCGAAACCAAGUCAAAGACAAGAUGUGGAAGUUGAUUCAGAGGAUGAACUUUUAUCAGAAUUAGAUGCAACUUUAAAGAGUAACUCAGUUGAAACGAGUGUGAGUAGUAACUUAGACAAAUGUGCAAUAUCUCAAGAUGAACAAACUGUACAGGGAGACAAUCCAGAUUCUUGUGAUCAAUGCUUAAAAAACAAUUUACAGUGUUCUUUCAAAGGUAGUCAUCAUGAAAAGGGAGGUAAUGCAAACAUUCCCGGGUUGAAGGAUUUAAAAAAGCAACUUCAUCAAGCUAAACAGAUGUUGCUUGACCGUGAAUGUGAGAUAAGCAGGUUAAAAGAAGAUGUGUCAGAUCAUAAAUCUAGGUGUGAAACAUUGACAUCUGAGAGAGAUUCCAGUACAAAAGAACUUGAACGUCUUAAAUCGCACAAUUCAGAUGAUUUGUAUAUACCACAGCUAAAAGAGUUAGAGUACACUAUAGCCCAGCAGACCAAUGAGAUUCGAGGAUUAAAAGACAAGCUGUCGUCCCAUGACAGUGCAGCAAAACGAGCUAUAGCCACGUUACAACAUGAAAUGAGGCUACGAAUAGAUAAAGUGACAAAACAGAGUGAAGAAGCAACUAGGGAGAAAGAUACAAUGGUUGUUAAAUUUGCUCAAGCUGAACACAAAAAUCUUGAGUUCCAAAAACAGGCUGAGAGAGCUGAAAAUAAACUCAAGGAAAUGGAGAAAGAGAGAGAUGCAUUUUUAAUACGGAUGAGAUCUGUGAAAGAACAGAGAUCUAAACUGGCUGUUGAAGUAGAAGCUAAGAAUGCUGAAAUGUCUAACCUACAGAGAGAGCUUGACAAACACAGAGAGAUGGUUUCAUCAUCUGAUGUGAGAAUUAAAUGGGCUCAAAAUAAACUGAAGGCUGAGCUUGACGGUCACAAGGAAACGAAGGUACAGUUAGAAAAGAUGAUGGCUAAACUGAAGGAGGCGAAGGAGGAGACACAACAGAUCAGGCAUGAUUGUCAGGCCAUUAUUAAAACUUACCAGGAAUCAGAGGAGGUCAAAUCUAACAGUUUGGACAAAGAACUCAAGUUGAAAGAAUCUGAACUUCUAGAGAGAGAAGUACAAAAGAAUAAUUUUGAACUUGCACAUGUUAAAACUCAACGUGAACUUGAACAGGUAAAAAAUGACUUACGUGAAUCUCAGUCAAAGUUCUCUGCUCUUUCUGAUAAACUCUCCAAUAUAGAGGCAGAAAAAGAGCAACUAAAUCUCACUAAAACAAAAUAUGAAGACAUAAUACAGCGCCAGAAGAAAGAAGUCCAAGAGCUGCGAGAGAGGGUUGAGUCUCUGGUUCAGUUUAAAACUGAUUUCAUAAGUGCUCAGGAGAUGAUUAAGAACCUGGAUACAGAAAUUGCUGAGUUAAAGAUGACCAACAAAGAGCUGGUGUCAGAGAUGGAAGCUUGUCGGAGACGAGAAACUGAUAAACUGGAACUAAAUGCUAAACUUAGCAGGAAAAAUGCUGAACUCCAGUCUGAAAAUACUACAUCAAGUGAUAAAGUACUCAAUCUUACAGGCGAACUGCAGGCUGCUAAGAUGGAAAAUCAAGAUAAUGAAACAAAACUCAAAGAUCUGUCUGACUCUCUGGAAAAAGAAAAACGUCUACGACAAGAGGAGUCGCAAAGUAUGAACACAAAAUUAGCUGGCAAAUGUAAAGCAGUUGAAGAUCUGAGCAGAAAACUGGAUGAUGAAAAAGAUGAGAUUAAAACAUUGAAACGAAAACAUGCUAACAAUAUCAAGGAUUUAACGAGGCAACUUCAGCAGGUGAGGAGAAAAUUAGAAAACUAUGAGGCGAGUACAAAUGGUGAUAAGGACACUAUAAGUAUGGGGUCUAGGACUAGCUCCAAUGGUUCCCUAAAUACUGUGAGCAUAGCCGAACAGACAACUACACAAGUAGUACAGCCUCAUGUGGCCGGGCAACAAAAUUCCAUUCAUAGAAAUCCCAGUCCUGAGCAAGAGUAUCCAGUGAUCACAGAGCAGGUGGAGGUAGACAAACAGACACUGAUAGAGAGAAUUGUGAAGUUACAGAGAGCACUGGCCAGGAAAAAUGAGAAAAUUGAAUUUAUGGAAGAUCAUAUCAGUCAACUUGUGGAUGAGAUACAGAAGAAAAACAAAAUUAUACAGAGUUACAUCCUGAAGGAAGAGACGGGCACCAUGACAAGUGAUUAUAGAGAUCGUGCAAAGCCUUCAUUAGGACAUCUUGCACAGGCUGAGUUUUCAAGGAAGCAUAGCAUUAUGGGCUCCGUGUACGGUUCACACUCAACAGACGGGACAAUGACCCUUGACCUUUCACUGGAGAUGAGCAGAAAGCUGCAGGCAGUUCUUGAAGAUACACUUCUGAAAAAUAUGACACUCAAGGAGAGUCUGGACACCUUGGGGCAAGAAAUUGCCAGGUUAUCUCAGGAAAAUCGACGACUUCAGCUAUUGAUGCAGGGAAAACCCAGAUCCAAAGUCAACCCUUCAUCAAGAUAACGUCAAGAAGGAGUUAUCCAAAAAACAACAACAAACAACAACAAAAAAACCCAAAAAAGUCUUACAUUCAAAUAAGUUAAUUGAAGACCAGCAUUAGAUGUGAUUGCCAAAAAAGUAAAAUUAUGUAAACAAAGUGACCUCAAUAUAGGACUAAGGGAGGAGCCAGUUUUGACCCCAGGGUCAUGUAAUUAGGGUGAUUUCAAGUUAAACUCAAAUGACUUUCAAUUUGUCUUAAGAAAUUAUUUCUUUUACAUAUGUAAAUGAAAAUGCAUUGAGAAGGCAUACAAAAGGCCUUUAAGGUGUUAAGUUAGAUUUCUUUAGGUUAGAUAUCAUGGAAACAGGGAUGAUAAAAUCUUUUAACUGAGAUGAUGAAUAUGCUAUUGUAUAUGAUGUAGUAGGAAUUCUGUUCAUUUUACUUUUAAUUUUAUACAUUAUUGUAAAAUAAUAUCAUCACCUUUGACCUGUAGUAGUUUUAAAUUUGAUUUGACGAUACCAGCUCAUCUAGUCAAUAAUAUGUAAUUAUUUUUGUUGCGCUGACAAUUUUAUUUAGUUUAUCUUAACAAAAUUUAGUUAUAUUUUUGGCUUCUGAAUUGUACUGUGUUUUAAUAACAAUUUUUUGGACCACAUAUUGGUGAUCAUUCUGUCAUAGUAACUCGUUUAUACCCAGUUUUAUAAGUUAUACUGCUAAAUGUUUAGUUUUUAAUUUAUGUAAGUUACAAUUAGGAAAUGUUACAAAUUAAAUUAAUGUUAGGAUACUACGUCAUCACACACCUGCAAAAUACUCCAAAAUAUUUUUAAAAUUAAAUCAGGUACUAAAGUCAAUUUUUGAUGCGCUACAUUAUUGUUUGAUAUUCUUAGAUUCCUUUGACCCACAGUCAACGAUUUCUUAGAAUAAAAACAUAUUUUAUCUUUAAGUCGACCGGAUGUUUGCAAAAAAAAAAAGGACAGUCAGAUUUGGAGCAUUUUGCAGGUGCACAAUGACUUGAAAUGGAAAAUUAUAUUAGGCAAGAAUAAUGCAACACAGUAAAGGAUACCUUUUAAUGCCCCGCAUGUAUGAGGGUUGUCCAAAAAAUUUGUGCACUGCAGUUAUUGUUGUGAGAGUUAUUGAUUAAAAAACAUGAAUUAUAUAUCACUUGAAUGGAAAAUCUAUAUCAAAUAAGAAAACAAAAGAAAAAGCUGUGUAACCGGUGUGUCGUAUUCAGCUGAUGGGUGUUGUGUAAGAAAAUGCAGUUAGAUAAAUUAAGUUGUAAAGAUGAAUCCUGAAUUGGGUAGGCACAUAUAGAUAUGCAUUUGUCCAUCAGUCCCAAUGUCAGGUCACGCUGUCUGUAAGUAGAUGUACAGAACAUGGGGGGCAUCUGUCAGUCAUCUGUUGUUUUUUCUGGGAUAGCAAACAGUUUUUCUCGGCUGCGAAAUUGUUUCUUUUUCAAACUAUAUUAAUUUUAGAAUGUUUUGUUAUAUUAGUGUUAUGAUUUGAAGCGGGACCAAUUUGUUUGCUUUUUUAAGGCCAGUCUUUUACAUGCUUUAUGUUGAAUUUACAUUAAAAUUAGACUCUGUGUAAUGUCAUAUACAUGUCAUUGAUAUAAAUGGAGUCAGGACAGCUAUUAGCACAAAUAUUACCCAUGUUACAUGCCUGAAAAAAUGUAUUGACAUUUACCAUAACUAUUUUUAUUACGUUGUUACUUAAUAAGGAUUUUAUUUUGAAAUUGUUUAAAUUGUUUGCCUUUUUUUCUGUGCUGUAUAAUCUACUUAAGUUAAUUUACUAAAAAAAACCAAAAAAACCUGUUUCUUGCAUUUGAAGGAAGUAAAACUUACAAAUAAGUUAUUCUCUUUUAUGUUUACAUGCAAAGUGAAAUUUUAAUACUAAUUUGUCUAUUGCUUUAAUUUUGUACAGGCUUCCGUUCUUUUAUAU